AAAGCGAUUGUUCUGUUUUAUCUCAAAAUACUGGGAAAAUAGUACUUUAAAUAUACACAGUACGCGUAUCAAAACUUUAGUUUUACUAAGUAGUUCAACGAAACAACUUGAUGUUUUUAUAAAGUUGUCAUAUUUGAUUGAGUUGUCAGAAUAACAUUCAAAACAAAUAUGUGUCAUUAAUAUAAAGACGAUAGAUUUGACUCAAGAAAAUAUUAGUGUGUAAAUACCUAUAAUCUACGAACAUAUUUUUUUUUGUAGUUGAUAAAAUUAUUACGCAAUCAAUAAGACAAAAGUAAAUAAGACAGUGUUUUGACUCGCAGUAAGACUUUUGACACAUGCGCUCAUUGGUCGCUGCAAUUACGUGUAGCCAACAUUCCAAGCAGUAUCGUUCCGGUCGCCGCUGUCGUGUGUCGGUGAAGUUUCAGUGGUGGAAAUUUUACGUGUGUAACAUCAAAAAAUGGCGUCUGGCGUAACAGUAUCGGACGCUUGCAAAACCACGUACGAGGAGAUAAAGAAAGACAAGAAGCACCGCUACGUAGUGUUCUACAUCAGGGAUGAGAAACAGAUUGACGUGGAGACCGUCGGCGAGCGUAACGCUGAGUACGACGCGUUCCUCGAGGACCUGCAGAAGGGUGGCACUGGCGAGUGCAGAUAUGGCCUCUUUGAUUUUGAAUACACGCACCAGUGUCAAGGCACAUCAGAGGCGAGCAAGAAACAGAAGUUGUUCCUAAUGUCAUGGUGCCCCGACACCGCUAAAGUCAAGAAGAAGAUGUUGUACUCUAGCUCCUUUGACGCGCUGAAGAAAUCUCUCGUCGGGGUACAAAAGUACAUUCAGGCGACCGACUUGUCGGAGGCUUCGCAGGAGGCAGUUGAAGAGAAACUGCGCGCCACGGAUCGUCAAUAAAUCAGCAUUUAACCUAGCUACAGACGACGCGCGCACAACACUAGCAAACACGGCGAUAUUCAAAACUCGAAUUGCAAACUGGCUGCAAAUCCAUCACAAGCUAGAAAAAAAAUACUGUCAAAUUAUGGCGCGAAUUUGGACAUAUGAAUCGUAGCGCCAAAUGUAUUAAGCAGUUGGUGUUUUGCGUCGCGCAGUCAUAACGGGUUCAUUUUAUAUCGUUUCAAUCCUUUUUGCAGUCGAAAUAGAUCGAUAGACGGCCGAAUCUUGUACAGUUGACUGUAUUCCAGCCGCCGGCGACACUAAUUAAGGAUCUUAUGUAAUAAUUUAAAUUAUACUAAUUAUAUAUAUUUUUUUCCUAUAAACUAAAGAGUAAGUUAAGCUCAAACUAAAUUUAAUACAGCGACGUUUCGUUUGAAUACUGGACGGCUUUUGUACUAUUUAGAUGUAAUAUAAAGAACUGUUUUAUACCGAUGCAUUCUUCGUUUGAGAUUCAACUUGCUACGUAAGCUUUCUACCCGGCCCGAUUCAAUGCGGGCAUUGGAUAGGUAUUUUGUAACCAAUUUAUCCAGAAAUACACUCGAUAUAAGUAA